AUGAACGAGAAAAGGUUUGUUGAUCACGAUACUUCAGUCGAGGAUUACGUGGAAAGUCUCGAAAACAGGAAUACGAAAGAGAAAACGAAACGAGAUGUGAAAUUGGUGGAAACGUUUUUGAGAAACGAAAAGAACGACGAGCGAGAAGUGCAAGACAUAGAGCCCGCAGAAUUAAACAAGCACCUUGCGGAGUUUAUUCGUUCUGUGAGACGUAAAGACGGAGAGGAUUAUGAGCCUUCAAGUUUAAGAUGCCUUGUUUCAAGUAUUGAAAGACAUUUGAAGAAAAAUAAUUAUACUAAGAGUAUCAUUAACGAUAAAGAAUUUGAAUUGUUUAGAAAGUGUUUACAGGCUAAACAAAAAGAGCUGAAGAAAGCAGGCCGAGGCAACAAGGACAAAGCCGCUGUGGCUAUCACGGACGAAGAAGUCGAUAUACUUCACGAAAACAAUUUGCUUGGAGUUUGUUCUGCUGAAUCAUUGUUGAAUACUGUUUGGCUGAACAACACCAUUCAUUUUGGAAUGCGUGGUUGUCAAGAGCAUAGGGAUUUGUGCUGGGGAGAUGUAAAGCUUUGUAAGGACGCACAAGGUAACGACUAUCUAGUUUACAAUGAAAGACAGACAAAAACAAGGUCUGGAGUAGACGCCUCAAACGUUCGAAAAGUUUCCCCGAAAAUGUUUUCAACUGGUGAUGAACGAGAUCCUGUCGUGGCGUACAAAAUUUACCGUGAAAAGCGACCGGAAAACAUGAUGGCUGACGAUUCGCCAUUCUACUUGGGAAUAAACCACACGAAAACAGACGGCUCCAAAAAACACUGGUUCAAGUCGGCACCUAUGGGUGUAAAUAAAUUAAACACUUUGAUGAAAACAAUGGCUUCAAAAGCAAACAUCAACAACGAGCGACUCACGAACCAUAGUGCUCGUAAACACAUGAUUCAAAAACUUAAUGACAGUGAAAUUCCGCCAACGCAUAUAAUGCAGUUAAGUGGGCACAAGAACGUGCAAAGCAUAACAAACUAUAGUAGCUUGAACCUAAAUCAACAAAAAAACAUAUCGGGCAUCUUAAGCCGAGCAUCGUCGCAAACACAAGCAACUACUGCAACUAACGAAACUGCUGCUGCGAGCACUUGCACUAGUAAAACCCCGAUGAGUUUUUUUGAUGGAGCAGUAAUAAGUGGAGGACAAUUUACGAUUUCUAUUAAUGCGCUUACCACCUCGCCGACCAUUCAAACCAGGAGUUCCGUCACCGAAACCACCGAAAAAAGGUGGAAGAGAAUCCGAAUUGAGGAGUCCGACUCGGAUUAA